AUGCAGCUAUGGAAUCACCGUAUCAUGCUUACUGGAGUGUCAGUGUUAUUGUUGCUAGUUUCGAGAACUGCCGCUCUGAACCUCGAAGGCUUCAAAGGUGAUGAAUUGAGACCUUACACUAACACGGUGCUCCCACCAGACCGCGUAGAAGAGGCCGCCCCCAUUGUACAGGGAGUAUGCUACUCCCCUUUCCACAAUCCGGAGUAUCCGUUCUACGGGGGUAGUGCAGCGGGCCUCGAUUCGGCCAUGGACACCGACUUCAGCAUCAUGAAAAACUACGUCAAGGUUGUACGCACCUAUUACUCCUCCUUCUACGGGUAUGCCGUCGCGCCUUAUGCUGCGAAACACGGCGUCCAGCUUUAUCUCGGUGUCUUCAUGACCGACGAGAGCUGGUACAAUGACCAAGUGAACGCUGCCAUCGCGGCUGUAAAGAACUACCCGAAUACAGUCAAGGCGAUCCUAGUUGGCAACGAGAAUAUCUAUCCUGCUGGACCGUACUCCCCUGACCAAGUGUUAAACCGCAUCACUGCUCUGCGUGCACGAAUUCGAAGCGAGACUGGACGGACAGUAAACAUUGGCACAGUACAGCGACACAACGAGUGGACAGCGACUAGUACGCGCUCUGCAAUGCUGGCACUAGCUGCUGGUUGCGAUAUCUUGGGUGUGAAUAUCUACCCGUUCUUCGACGCCUCCUACACGGCCAGUAACCCAUUGGCGAUGCUCAAUGGAGCCUGGAACAACAUGCUGAGCAUCUACCCGUCCGACAAAGUCCGUCUCACAGAGAUUGGCUUCCCCACAGCAGGAGCGCCGCCUUCUUUCGCACCUAACAAUGUGCCGAGCCUCGCUAAUUCCAUCUCCUUCUACAAGGCCUUCUUGAACUGGAGUCCUGUGAGUGGCGGUCAGGAGGUUUUCUGGUUCAUGUUCUUUGAUCGUCGACCUGAUGACAACACCAUGGGGAUCGAGCUGGAGAAAUACUUCGGCUUUUACACGUGGAAUAGGCAGAUCAAGGCGUCCAGUUAUCCCAAUUUGGUGACUGCUCUUCCAACUGCAGCGCCGACGUCAGCUCCAGCAACAGCAACCCCCACCACAAGUUCACCUUCGGCAGGCACCCCAGCUCAGGUAUGCCGUGUGCACAAGGUGUACUCCAACUAA